CAGGAGUACCUCACCAUCGGAGUAGAUAACCAACCCAUAUUCCAAGAACGCACUGCCGUGGAGGUUUACCGAGACUACAUGAAGAGCUUCAGAGAGAACAUGGCAGAUUUUCUGGAUGCCGGCGUCAUUACCGACGUAGAGGUGGGUCUUGGCCCUUCUGGAGAAUUGAGGUACCCCUCGUAUCCUGAGGCACAGGGUUGGGUUUUCCCCGGCAUCGGGGAGUUUCAGUGCUACGAUAAAUAUAUGAAGAGAGAGUUCAAAGAGGCUGCAACGGUGGCAGGACAUCCUGAGUGGGACUUACCGGAUGAUGCAGGUGAAUACAACUCCAGUCCAAAGUCAACCAAGUUCUUCGCGGCAAAAGGGACAUAUCUGAUGAACUCGGGGAAAUUCUUCCUAACUUGGUACUCCAACAAGUUGAUAAUGCAUGGAGACCAGAUCCUGGAUGCGGCUAACGAGGCCUUCCUAGGUUGCAAAGUCAAGAUCGUCGCCAAGAUAGCUGGCAUACACUGGUGGUACCAGGACGACAGCCAUGCAGCAGAGCUAACUGCAGGAUACUACAACCUGAACGAUCGCGACGGCUACAGGCCAAUCGCCAGAAUGCUGGCGAGACAUGAUGCCAUCCUUAACUUCACCUGCGCCGAGAUGAUAAAUUCUGAGCAGAUAAAGAUGGCAAUGAGUGGGGCUGAGGAGCUGGUUCAACAGGUAUUCAGUGCAGCAUGGAGGGAGGGGAUCGAGGUGGCGUGUGAAAAUGCACUCAGUAGAUAUGAUAGAAGGGGAUACAACCAAAUUUUGAGGAAUUCAAGGCCACAAGGGAUCGACCGAAGUGGAAAGCCACAACGAAGGGUGUUUGCGAUGACAUAUCUUCGACUGUCCGAUGAGCUACUCAAGAUGGUAAACUUCAGGAUAUUCAGGACAUUCGUGAGGAGGAUGCAUGCCGACCAGGAUUAUUGCCCGGAUCCAUGGAAGUACUACAAACCUAUUACAGCUAUGCAAAGAUCCAAGGCAACGACACCAAUGGAUAAAAUCUUGGAAGCAACGGAGCCUACUCCACCAUACUCGUUUGAUCCUGAAACUGAUACGAGUGUUGGUGGCGCUUAUGCUGAAAUCAUCGAUACAUUAUUCGGCCUAUUCGAUUAACAUACCGCAUAAUGCUAGGAAAGAGGAUAUGGAGUUAAUAAUAAGAUCCCGCUGAAGGGUGAACUUGUCGUCACCAUUAACUACAUUUGGAUGGCGCUCACUGUGAAAUCCAACAACAGGAGUGCUUGAGUUCAUAUGGACUCGAAUCCUCUCGUUACUGAAACGAACUCCAUAUGAUAUUUCUUUGGUAUCCCAAUAUCUGAGCCACUUUCAAUGUUAUGGCCCCAACUGCCGUUGGUAAAGUUGAUGACAUUGGAUAAUUAGUGAUAUUAAG